UGAUAAUGCUAAAAAUGUAUUUCUUUGGGGCAGUUGGUGUCAUCGCAUUUUUCCUAUACAAGCAACCUGUAGUUUGAAUGAGAAGGAACUGCAAACAGUUGUGUCAAAGCUUGUUCUGCAGUUCAUGAAUGAUAAACAGCGCGAAACUGUGCGUCCUGCAAAGUUUGCAGUUGGUUAUAACAGAAGAGGAAUUGAGGAGACACAGAUGAAGAUUUUGAAAGAUAAACCAAAUGGCUCUAAUGCAUUUGCCUUGUUGGACCGCAACAAAUGCUUUGCCGUUGUGGCUGCUGCAGUAAAAAAUGCUGCAUCAGAUUCAGUUGUAGACCUCAAAUCUCCGGAGUUUUCCGUUCUUGUUGAGUUGCUGCCACUUUCCGGAGUACCCAAUGGAUCGUUAGUGGUUUCUGUCUCGGUUCUUCCGCAAAAUCUUGUUAAUACCAAGCCACGCCUGUGUGUCAGGGCUCUGCUUACUGAUACCAAAGCCAGGGAUGGAAGGCAUUAGGAAGGAUUGUGUGGCUUAGAAUACUUUUCUUUUUUACUACGUAGGGUCAAAAUUAAAACUAGUCUCAAAAUUAUGGAAUCAAUAAGUUUGAUAUUAUUUAA